AUGAACUCCAACACAUACCACCCCGGAUUACGAAAUCAUCCUAAUUUCCGUUAUGGGAACGCGGCGAACCAAGCUAACCCAAACUUUCAAGGAGCUCAAGGUAACUUUGCACCUCGCCAACAAUACAAUCAAGGCAAUUAUAGAGGUGGAAACAACUAUGGUUAUCAAGGGCAAUUUCAACAAACGGGUCCAAGUGGUUCGGGUCAAAAUUCAUCAAGCGGGAAUGAAGUCAUGGAUAUGCUUCGGGCCAUGCAACAAGAUAUGCAAAAACGAAAUCAACUUGAUGAAGUCCGGAAGCAAAAGGAUGAGGUUCGUGACAAGAGCAUCCAAUCACUAACCACCCAAAUAGGUCAAUUGGCUACCGACGUGGCGGAGUUGAAGAAAAACAAAGGUCAACUUCCUAGCGACACCAAGGUAAACCCUUCACAUGGUUCGUCACGAGGUAACAAUGUUAAUAUUAGUCAUGUUAGUGUGUUGAGAAGUGGCAAAGAGUUUAAAGCAAAUUUGUCACCGGGUUUGGUUGAGGGGGUAGUUGAAGAUGUCACGGGUAAUGAAAGUGACGAUGAUGAAGUGUCACCGGUUAAACCUAAAGAAUCAAAUGUUAACAAACCGGGGUUGGGUGAAAAUGAAAAAAGUGAAAAAGAUGAAGGUGAAACGACUCAAGUCCCGUUUCCAUCGGCUUUACUUGACCCGGGUAAGAAAAACUUUAUUGCAUCAAGAGGUCCCCAAAAAGAAGAAUUGUGGGACAUGUUUAAACAAGUUAAAAUAAACCUUCCAUUACUUGAUGCAAUAAAGCAAGUACCCACUUAUGCAAAAUUUUUAAAAGAAUUAUGCACACAAAAAAGGCAACAAAAGAAGAAAAUGCCUAAGCGGGUAGAUUUGACUGGGCAAGUAAAUGCGGUUUUGAAUGGGGAGCUUCCUCCUAAGCUCCAAGAUCCGGGUACGCCAUUAAUUAAUAUACAAGUUGGUAAUUUUAAAAUGGCAAAGGCGUUACUAGAUCUUGGAGCCGGGGUGAGCAUUUUACCAGGGGGCUUAUAUGACCAAUACGACUUUGGUCCGUUAGCAAGAGUGGAGAUAACAGUUGUUUUGGCCGAUUUGUCUCAUAAGCUACCCGGGGGAUGGUUCAAAAUGUGA